UAAGAAGCCCACUGUGGGCUGUGCUGGCGGUGCAAGGACCUCACCACCUCAGAGCAGUGGUCCUCACACCUCUCUGACCCUCAAGAGGAGUCUUGAACAGGGUGUUAGCCAUGUCCCAGCUGGUGGAGUGUGUCCCCAACUUCUCAGAGGGGAACAACAAGGAGGUGAUUGAUGCCAUCUCAGGGGCCAUCACGCAGACCGCAGGCUGUGUGCUGCUGGACGUGGACUCAGGCCCAUCCACCAACCGCACCGUCUACACCUUCGUGGGGCGGCCGGAGUGUGUGGUCAAGGGUGCACUCAACGCCGCCCACACGGCCUGGCGGCUCAUCGACAUGACCAAGCACCACGGGGAGCACCCUCGCAUGGGCGCCCUGGACGUCUGCCCCUUUAUCCCAGUGAGGGGUGUCAGCAUGGAGGACUGCGUGCGCUGUGCCCAGGCCUUCGGCCAGCAGCUGGCGGAGGAGCUCAGCGUGCCCGUGUACCUGUAUGGUGAGGCAGCGCGGACGGCCAGUCGCCGCACCCUGCCGGCCAUCCGGACAGGAGAGUACGAGGGGCUGCCUGAGAAGCUCAAGCAGGCCGAGUGGGCCCCUGAUUUUGGCCCGAGCACCUUCGUCCCCAGCUGGGGGGCCACUGUCACGGGGGCCCGGAAGUUCCUCAUUGCCUUCAAUGUCAACCUGCUAGCCACCAAGGAGCAGGCCCACCGCAUUGCCCUCAACCUGCGGGAGCAAGGCCGUGGAAAGGAGCAGCCAGGCCGUCUGAAGAAGGUGCAGGGCAUCGGCUGGUACCUGGAAGAGAAGAACCUGGCUCAGGUGUCCAUGAACCUCCUGGACUUUGAGGUCAUGGGCCUGCACACGGUCUUCGAGGAGACCUGCAGGGAAGCACAGGAGCUGAGCCUUCCCGUGGUGGGCUCGCAGCUGGUGGGCCUGGUGCCCCUGCAGGCCCUGCUGGACGCUGCUGCCUUCUACUGCCACAGGGAGAACCUGUUUGUGUUGGAAGAGGAGCAUCGGAUCAGGCUGGUGGUCAGCAGGCUCGGCCUGGACUCCCUGGCACCCUUCAAUCCCAAAGAGCGUGUCAUUGAGUACUUAGUCUCCGAUGGCCCAGCGCAGAGCUUGCUGGACUUGUCCCUCCGUGACUUUUUCCGUGAGGUGGGCGCCCGCUCAGCGGCCCCAGGUGGUGGCUCAGUGGCGGCAGCUGCUGGUGCCAUGGGUGCAGCCCUGGCCUGCAUGGCUGGCCAGAUGACCUACGGGCGGCGCCGCUUCGAACACCUGGAUGCGGCCAUGCGGCAGCUGAUCCCACCCUUCCACAAGGCAGUGGCCCAGCUGGCCUCUCUGGUGGACGCUGACGCCCAGGCCUUUGCUGCCUGCCUGGAGGUGAUGAAACUGCCCAGAAACACACCAGAGGAGGGGGACAGACGUGCAGCUGCCCUGCAAGAGCGACUGAAGCAGGCAGUCGAAGUGCCCCUGGCGCUGGCAGAGAGAGUGUCCCUGCUGUGGCCAGUACUGCAGGAGCUGGCCUGCUUUGGGAACCUGGCCUGCCGGUCCGACCUGCAGGUGGCAGCCAAAGCCUUGGAGACAAGCGUGUUUGGUGCGUACUUCAACGUGCUCACCAACCUCCAAGAUAUGGCUGAUGAGGCGUUCAGAGACCAGACCCGCCAGCGCAUCUCCAGCCUCCUGCAGGAAGCCAAGACCCAGGCUGCGCAGGUGCUGGACAACCUGGAGGCCCGGCAGGCAUAACGGCUGGCGAGAGUGACAAACAGCGGGGACCUUCCUGUCCAACCUGUUAGGAUGGGCCCGAGGUUGUCCUCUGGUGUCAGAGGAGGUAAACGGAGAACAGGGUGGGGCUUGGGGCAGGGCCUGUCUGGGUCCCCUGUGGGGACAGCUUGUCACCCAUGGUUGCCUGUGGCCCCCAGUAAAGUCUGAACACCUGA